UUUGCUUCAGCAAGAAACAAUGCUGAAGGAGCAGUGAGUUGAGAUCUAUAGUAUUUUGAUUGCUAAAGGCAACAGUUGCUUUCUCUCACUUUUUCUGCAGAAAAACUGGCCUUUAUUCCGUCCUGAUGGGGGGAUGGUGGGAUGUGUCUUGUGUCAGUUGGGUGUGGACAUAAGAACUCCCAGCCUUGCAAAGAACAUUGUGUUCCAGGGUCUGAUGAUAUUGAAACAUUAAUUACCCAAAGAGCAGAGCUUUCUUCUACAAUGUCUGAAGACGUGACCUACGCGACACUCACUUUUCAGGAUUCUGUUGCAGCAGGAAAUAAUCAGGAUAGAAAUAACCUAAGAAAAAGAGGGUAUCCAGCUCCAUCCUCUAUAUGGCGUCAGGCUGCCCUGGGUCUGCUAACUCUUUGUCUGAUGCUGCUGAUUGGGCUGGUGACCUUGGGAAUUAUGUUUUUACAGAUGUCCAGCGAAAUUAACUCAGAUUCAGACAAACUGACUCAACUCCAGAAAAUCAUCCACCAACAGCAGGACAACUUAUCCCAGCAGCUGAGCGAGUACAGGAACUUUCCUGUGGAGGAGGAAUUUCUCAAAUCACAAAUCUCCAGUCUAUUGAAGAGGCAGGGACAAAUGGCCAUCAAACUCUGCCAAGAGCUAAUCAUUCACACUUCAGACCACAAAUGCAAUCCUUGUCCUAAGACCUGGAAAUGGUACCAAACCAGCUGCUAUUAUUUUGCAGUAAAUGAGGAAAAAACCUGGCCUAACAGUAGAAAAAACUGCAUGGACAAGAACUCCACGCUGGUGAAGAUAGACAGCCUAGAAGAAAAGAAUUUUCUGAGGUCACAACCAUUACCCAAGUUUCCUUUCUUCUGGUUGGGACUAUCUUGGGACCCAUCUGGCAGAAGUUGGCUUUGGGAGGAUAGCUCUAGACCCUCUCCAUCCUUAUUUAGUGCUUAUGAAUAUGCUCAGAUCAAUGAAUCCAAGGGAUGUGCCUAUUUUCAAAAUGGGAAUAUAUAUAUAUCCCGCUGCAGUGCUGAAAUUUCUUGGAUUUGCGAGAAGACAGCUGCAUUAGUGAAGAUUGAAGACUUGGAUUAAUAUGCUUCCUCCAAGAUGUAAGGGACUUAUGAUUAAGGUGAUAUGAGGAAGGAAAGAGCUUUACUAUUAAAGGGAAAAAAAAACAGAUUAAAUAGUGACUGUCUGUAUAUUUAAACCAUCAGGCAACAGGCAAAUAAACUUGCUACACAGAACACA